CCUGCGCCCGCUGAAGGUCAUAUGAUCCCAGAGGUGAAUCUGAUUGGUUGAAUCGAGUGAAGACUUUUAGACAAGGAAGUAGUCAAAUAUGUGACAGUACAGUCUCUAGUUUAGAUACUAAAUAAACAUGAUCUCAGGUGCAUUUUAUGCAUUAUUAGCGGGCUUUCUUGGAGCCGUUGCCUCCUCGUCAGCCAAGCUAUCUCUGGGCUCAGACUACCUCAAAGGGAUGUGUAAAACAGGGUUGAAAGCCUGGGCUCAGGAUGGGGACUACAGGAUUAUUCAGGAGGAAACAUCACCCUGCGAAUGGGUGAGUGUGUAUCUAUAUGAAUGUAUCAUUUUCAAAUUGUGUGUGUGAGAGCAAUAGAGAUUGUGUGUGAGAUACCAUUCUACCAGAGACCACUAACAAGUCCUAUUGUAUUCCAGCUCCACAUCCCUCUGUGGCUGCUGUUCAACUGUAAUGCUGUGAUGUGGUGUAAUGUUUCAGCUCCACAUCCCUCUGCGGCUGCUGUGUGGAGGACUACUGUUCACCAGUAAUGCUGUGAUGUGGACCUUCUUCUCCAAGGCUCUGAGACACUCCUCCUCCUCAGCCCGGGCCACGGUCACCACCACCGCAUCCAACUUUGUAUCCUCUGUGAGUAGGGCAACUGGUUGAUAUCCAUCAGGGCAUGUAUUCAUAAAAUGUCUCAGAGUAGGAGUGCUGACCUUAUGAUCAAUUUCACCUUUUAGAUCAUAAUGAAUAAUGAAUUUAUGAAUACGACCCCAGAUCGCAUCACUCCUCCUCUGAGAUGCUUUAUGAAUACGACCCCAGAUCGCAUCACUCCUCCUCUGAGAUGCUUUAUGAAUACGACCCCAGAUCUCAGUACUCCUCCUCUGAGAUGCUUUAUGAAUACGACCCCAGAUCUCAUCACUCCUCUGAGAUGCUUUAUGAAUACGACCCCAAAGCUCAUCAUCCCUCCUCUGAGAUGCUUUAUUAAUACGACCCCAGAUCUCAUCACUCCUCUGAGAUGCUUUAUGAAUACGACCCCAAAGCUCAUCAUCCCUCCUCUGAGAUGCUUUAUUAAUACGACCCCAGAUCUCAGCUAUCCAAUUUAUAUGAACAACUCACUUACAGUACAGAACGUUGACCAUAAGACCAUAGUGGAACUACAUUAUUGGAGCAAUGACAUCUGUGAAUCAAUGUGUGGAUGAAAGUAUUAUUGGCUAUUUAUGUUGUCAAUCCCACUUACAUCAUCUGUACCGUCUUUAGGCAUUCCUUGGGAAGCUGAUCUUUGGUGAGACCCAUGCAGCACUGUGGUGGGUGGGCAUCUCUCUAACUCUCUCAGGUUUACUGGUGCUGCACAGAUCGACUUCUCGACCAGCAGAGGCCAAGAAGGAAGAGUGAAGGACUGUCCACAUGUGAAAUAACAAUACCACUGCAUCAAUCAUCCUACUGUAC